GGCGUUGGGGAGCGAGGGAGGGCGCGGCCAACUCCCGGAGGGACGGCAGGCCGAGACAGCGGCGCCCGGCUCUGGCGCCGAGCCUGAGCCCGCCGGACAGGAGGCGGCCCAGCCGCGGGCUCGGCCUCGGCCCCAGUCCCGCCAGCAUGGCCGGCCGGACCGUGCGGGCCGAGACCCGGAGCCGGGCCAAGGAUGACAUCAAGAAGGUGAUGGCGACCAUCGAGAAGGUCCGGAGAUGGGAGAAGCGCUGGGUGACUGUGGGCGACACUUCCCUUCGUAUCUUCAAGUGGGUGCCAGUGGUGGACCCCCAGGAGGAGGAGCGACGGAGGGCAGGUGGCGGGGCAGAGAGAUCCAGAGGCCGGGAACGGCGGGGCAGGGGCGCCAGUCCCCGAGGGGGCGGCCCUCUCAUCCUGCUGGAUCUCAAUGAUGAGAACAGUAACCAGAGUUUCCAUUCGGAAGGCUCUCUGCAAAAGGGCACCGAGCCCAGCCCUGGGGGCACCCCCCAGCCCAGCCGCCCUGUGUCACCUGCUGGACCACCAGAAGGGGUCCCAGAGGAUGCUCAGCCCCCACGGCUGGGCCAAGAGAGAGAUCCUGGGGGCGUAACUGCAGGCAGCACCGAUGAACCCCCAAUGCUGACCAAGGAGGAGCCUGUUCCAGAAUUGCUGGAGGCUGAGGAUUCGGGAGUGAGAAUGACCAGAAGAGCCCUCCACGAGAAAGGUCUGAAGACAGAGCCCCUCAGGAGGCUCCUUCCCAGAAGGGGCCUCCGGACAAAUGCCCGGCCGGGUUCCGCGGUGCUGCCGGACACCAGAGCUCCUGGGGGAGGAAGCAAGGCCCCGAGGGCACCCAGGACGAUCCCCCAGGGGAAGGGGAGGUGA